AUGCUACUAACAGGUCUCCACCUCCUGCCCGUCGUCCUCUGGAUUGGCACGGAAGGAAAGGUCAAAGUUCAAGACCACAAAACAAAACCAGCCAGAGCACCUUUGAUCCCUCAUCGGCCGUUUGUGGUUGUCUGGAACGCCCCUACAGAGUCGUGUCGCCUGCGUUUUAGGGUGGACUUGGACCUCAGCAUUUUUGACAUAGUAGCGAACCUUAACGAGACCUUAAGUGGACCAAAUGUCACAAUAUUCUACCACAGUCAUCUGGGAUACUACCCAUACUACUCCAGCUCAGGAGCUGCUAUCAAUGGUGGUCUACCACAGAACCAGAGCCUUUCCAAACAUCUGAACAAGGCCAGAGUAGACAUUGAUAAGCUAAUACCACACAAAGAUUUCCGAGGCCUUGGAGUCAUUGACUGGGAAAACUGGAGGCCUCAGUGGGUGCGAAAUUGGGGUUCCAAAGACAUUUACCGUCAAAAGUCUAAGGAACAGAUCCAUAAACUUCACCCACACUGGCCAGAGAGCAAAGUGGAAAAGGAGGCAAAAGAACGCUUUGAGAAGUCAGGGCGAGCUUUCAUGAAUCUAACCCUGGCUCUCGCUGAGGCUCGCAGACCACACGGUCUCUGGGGGUUUUAUCUUUUCCCAGACUGUUACAAUUAUGGCUACAAACAACAUCCCCAAUGCUACACGGGGGAGUGUCCUAAUGUUGAACAUGUUCGCAAUGACCAUUUGAUGUGGCUCUGGAAGGAAAGCACUGCGCUCUACCCGUCCAUCUACCUGGACUUUGAGCUGAAGUCUUCCACCAACACGGUCAAGUUUGUUCACUAUCGAGUAAAGGAAGCGAUGAGGAUCGCAUCCAUUGCACGGGCAGACUACACAUUGCCUGUCUUUGUCUACUCCAGACCUUUUUACGCCUAUACCUUUGUUGUUCUUUCAGAGAGGGACUUGGUUCAUACCAUCGGGGAGAGCGCUGCCUUGGGAGCAUCAGGUGUUGUCCUGUGGGGGUCAUCAGAGUACGCUCGAUCAAAGAGGAACUGCCUCACUGUGAAGCGGUACAUCGAUGGUCCUUUGGGACAUUAUGUCAUCAACGUCACCUCAGCAGCUAAACUCUGCAGCAAAGCACUUUGCAAGAAGAAUGGACGAUGCGUCCGCAAGAGCUUGGACUCCGAUUCUUACCUUCACCUGAACCCACGCUACUUUCAUAUUCACCACAAUCCGGCACCCGAGGGCCCCCGCUUUGAGGUACGGGGCCACCUCAACAGCCAAGACAUUAUGGACAUGAGGCAAAAGUUUACCUGCCAGUGCUACCAGGGCUGGACUGGCGUUUACUGUGAGAUUCCACAAACAGCUCCGUCACCUGACCUGCUUCCACGGAGGAUUGACCUGAUGACCCGCCUUAAGCUCCUCCUUUCCCUCCACUUCCCCUGUCUUUGCAUCGUCCUGUUUUUGGUCUCAUGUCUAAUCAUAAAAGGUCUCAUACUGUAG